AUGAAGACACGGAAACCUCGAGAUCAGCCCUGUCCAUCCAGCCGUAGGAUCUCCGCCGCCCUCCUACUGUCCUUCCUCGCACUCGCAACCCCGAAUGCAGCCAACAGUGUUCCCGCCAUCGUCGACCCGUGGAAUCCUGUACCUCUUCCCAGGCAGGACACCCACGACUUCACUUUAAGACAUGUUUUUCACCGAGGCACAUACCGAGACCCAGAACUGCACAAGCGCUACGAUUUCCGCCCUCAGGCCCCGGUGUUAGUGACGACAGAUGACGAUGAGUUGGUGGCCUCCAUCGAGAAGCCGCCACACUUCACAGCUCGAUCCAGCCCUGUGGAAAUUGAAAGAUUGGUCGACCGGCAGCCGAACAGCAUCGAGGAACAUCUACGAUAUGCUCGACUUACGGGGGCUCCAGCGGUGCUCGGCGCUUCGGCAUGGACAAUGGAUGAAGUAAAAGGCCCGAAUGUGACGGAUAGAGACACUGUCAUCAACCUUGCCAUUAUGGCGGCAGAUGCAUAUUCACCUGUGCCUGGUGAGGGAGACUGGCUGGAUGUGUCUCAUCCCUACAAUCGGUCGAAAGACUUUGGCUGGGAAGGUGAUGGCUUGAGGGGUCACAUCUUUGCCGACAAAGAGAACGAGACCAUCAUCAUCAGUUUGAAGGGCACUUCACCCGCAGUUUUUGACGGAGACGGAACGACGACAAGCGACAAGCUCAACGACAAUCUCUUUUUCAGCUGCUGUUGCGCUCAAGGCGGGCAAUAUUUCUGGCGACAAGUCUGUGACUGCUAUAGCAGCACUUAUACAUGCAACCAAACAUGCCUUAUCAAGGCUUUGCGGCAAGAAAACCGAUACUAUCGUGCGUCUAUCGAUCUGUAUACGAACGUCACCGAACUAUACCCCGACUCGAAUGUUUGGCUUGUUGGCCAUUCCUUGGGCGGGGCGGUGACCAGUUUACUCGGGCUCACCUUUGGCCUUCCUACUGUGACUUUCGAGGCACCCGGUGAGGACUUACCAGCGAAACGGCUCGGCCUUCCAGCACCUCCGUCGUCAGAUCCUCACAGGCCGCGCACCAAAUAUACCGGAGCCUACCACUUCGGCAACACUGCCGAUCCUGUGUUCAUGGGCACGUGCAAUGGGGCUACGGCAACAUGCACGCUGGGUGGUUACGCAAUGGAAUCCCAAUGCCAUACAGGAAAGCAGUGCGUCUACGAUACGGUGAGCGACUAUGGCUGGCGUGUAGGGAUUGGCAAUCACAAAAUCCGGAACGUCAUCGAGAGCGUGAUCAAAGUCUACCCAACUGUGCCUGAAUGUAUCCCUGACGAUGAAUGUGUCGAUUGCUACAACUGGAAAUUUUUCGAAAGCAACGGAUCAGAUCCCACGACCAGUACGACCACCACAGCCAGCUCUUCCACACGCACUCGGACGACGACUUGCAAAACACCAGGCUGGUGGGGCUGCUUAGAUGAAUCCUCCACAACGGGCACAACCACUACACCAGUCGUCACCACCACCUACACCACUACCAGUUGUGCCACGCCCGGUUGGUUUGGAUGCAAGGAGACGGUCAACGUCACAAUCACCACAACAACAGCUGCAACAACAAGUUCCAUCCCAUUGACUACCACUUCCACCUCCGCGUCUUCCACGUGCGAUCAUCCCGGUUGGUUGGGUUGUCGGGAUCCAACAAGUACCAAGCUUGCGUCUCCUUCCCCUACUACGUCGCAAAUAAGAGCAACCAAGACGGCGGAUCCGGAUAAGUGUGAAACUCCGGGAUUGUUCUUCGGUUGCCGCGAUCGUCACCCGCACACAGGUUCAGACCAUAUUUCCACCACCCCCGGAACGACAGCAUUGACCAGUCACUCGUCAGCUCCGAGUAUCUCUAGUGCCCAGCCUAGCAGCACCGUGGCGGACGACGGAGGUAGGAGGCAUAAGAAGUGCAAGCAUCGCGCAUUCUUUGGGCUGAUAUGCCUUGACGAGUACGAGGACGUGGAGCUGGAGCUGGAUGCACAGGAACUGUGA